AAUGUCAGAUUCUUCUGAACCUAAAACGUCGGCUGUGCAAGAAUCUCGACUUGCUGAGCAAGAAACAAACUCUCCACAAGGUGACGUGACUAAGAACUUAAAGAAAAGAAGUCUUGAUGCAGGCGAAGUUGAAGGUUCCAGAUUAGAGAACUUAAAGAAGAAAGACAAGAAACAAACAUCGAGAAAUCUUGAAGCUGACUUUGAGCCAACAGAGGAAGAGGAUGAUCCAUUGCCCUUAGAUUGUUCCAUUUGCAAGAGACCAUUCUUGGAUCCUGUUGUGACCAAUUGCAACCAUUACUUCUGCGAGAAGUGUGCUCUAAAGCAUCACACUGAGAACAAUAACUGUUUUGUGUGUAACGAGCCAACUUUUGGGGAUUUCAUCACAGCCGUGGAGAUCAAGGAACGAAUAGAGGAAGAACGUGAGAAAGCUAGAGCUAUGGUGAAGGAGGUGUCAGCAAUGGUUGAAAGGGCAUCUGUGAUGAAUGAUGACGCCAAGGGCGCAUCGGAAAGAGCGUUAAAAAUGGUGGCAGAGGUUGAAACAAUGUUGGAAAAAGUGGCGGCUAUGGCAACCAAAGCUGGAGAAACGGCGGCUAUGGCUGCUGAGAUGGUGCAAGAAGCAGAUGCCACAAUGGAGACGGCUAAAGCAAAUAUGAUAAAGGCGUUUGCCGUGAUAAAGACGGUGGUGUGGAACAAGUAA